ACGCUUCAUAUAAACAAUAAUUUUCACCGAGGCAGCUCUUAAAAUCUCUUUAACGUUCACGUUACUCUCCACAAAGCAGCUAACUAGCUUAACACGGUUUUAUUGCGUUUAUCCAUUAGCUCACCGCCUCGCCGAAAGAGCCAAAGGUUAAAAUCAAACGUCUGUAGGCUACGGAAGCUCGCGCGGUUAAAGCAAAGCUAACGUGGCGAGUAAACAGUCAGAAAAUAGCACCGCUGUGUAAAUUUAGCUCCUGCAAAUCGUUUAGUGAAUUUGAUUUAUCGUCUCCAGCAGGUUAAACUGCUCUGGGUCCUUUAGUUUACUUUUCUCCGGUGUCCUGCUCGGCUAACUCCGCCCUGCUGCCCGUGUUUGUCCGCUGUCAGACGUGAUCCAUCCUGUCCGGUAAUGGUUUAACUGUGGUGUCAGUUAAGAGCUGUGAACUGGUGUAACUGGUUCAUAAUCAGCUGGAAGCCGUCAGAAAGAUGUCUGACCGCGGCGGGUUCAGGUGGACGGUGGUGGUUCUGACCUGCCAACACAAAGACAGCGUCUAUUCCUUCCAGAGAGAGCUGGAGUUGCGGCAGCAGCGUGGCUCCAUCUCUCAGGGUGCGUUGGUUUUGACCGUGCGGGACCGCCAGGAGCCACUGGGCAGCGGAGGGGCAACGCUGAACGCUCUGCUGGUUGCUGCUGAACACCUGAGCAACAGAGCAGGAUACACUGUGGUGACAGCUGACGUCUUGGAUGACGCUCACAUCCUCAUCCUCCACACAGGUCGUGACUUCCCCUGGAGCUCCUGCAGCAGAUCGUUCUGCUGGCUGCCUUCAGAGAAACACGACCAGAGAGUCCAGGCUCCGCUGUGUUGCCUGGACCUGCUGCUGGACUGCCUCAGUACCCAAAUCUGCCCUGGUUCCCCUCCUGGUGUUUGGGUCUGCAGCACAGACAUGAUCCUCAGCAUCCCUCAGGACUUUGUUUUGUCCUGGGAGGGUUUCUCUGGUGUUCGGGUUUUGGCGUUGCCAGGCGACGUCUCCUACGCAGCCAAUCACGGCGUCUACCUGUCCGACCAACAGGGUCGGGUCAGAGACAUCAUCUACAAGGGAACAAAGGAGCAGAUUCAACAGGCUGUGAUGCCUGAUGGGAAAGUGCCACUGGUGUCGGGUCCAGUCUUCUUCAGCAGGUCUGUAUCAGAGAAGCUGCUGCAGACUCAUGUCACGCCUCCUCUGGACGGCUGCACCUACCUGGGCCUGGACUCUGGAGCUCCGCCCCUCCAGGUUUCUCUGUUCCUGGACAUGUUGAAGUGUCUUUGCUCAGAUCUGACUCAGGAUCAGUUUGUGAGCGGAGAGAGAGCAGGCUGCAGUUCAGUUGUUGGACCACAGGGAGCGAUGGUGAGAAGCGGCAGGACAGAGCUGUGGAGGAUCCUGAGAGGAGCUCCACUCAGUCUGGUUUACGUCCCCGGCGGUCGCUAUGACUACCUGACCCUGUCUGGGAAGCAUCACGUGGAGCGACUGAGCCGUGAUCGGACGGACAAAAACACUCUGUCUCACAUCCAGAAAGAAAGCCAUGUGGUUGAAGGAGGGCGAGUGAUCAACAGUGUCCUGGAGGGAGACGUUACCGUGGCGACUGGAGCGGUGGUGCAACACUGUCACCUGCAGGGUCCUCUGGAGGUCCCGUCUGGUUGUUUACUGUCGGGUCUGGAGUUGAUGACAUCACAGUGUAUCAGGCAGCUGCAGCUGGCCAAUGACAUCAUCAUCCAGGAACAUCGAAUAGCGGUGGGGGAGCUGAAGCUGAACGUGUACACGGUGACGGGAGCACAGGACGACCUGGAGGUCUCCUGUGAUGACAGCAGCGCCUCCUUCCUGAACCAGAGAUGGAGUCUCUUCUUCAGCAGAACAGGAAUCCAGCCGGAGGAGUUGUGGGUGAGAGGAGAACAGCGCUCCCUCCUGGAGGCCCGACUCUUCCCCGUCCUCCACCCCAGAGACGGUGCUGUGGGUCUGGAGGGAGGUGUCGGCUGGCUGCUGGGUGGUGCCGGCUGCCUGCGGAGGUGGAGGGAGGCGUGGAGGCUCUCUCUGAAGGAGGUGAUGUCGCUCACCUGCCAGGAGGCGGAGCUGCGGUGGAGGGAGGAGUUACUGUUCCUGGCAGGGAGGAGGAGAGUGAUGGAUGCUCUGAGGAGUCGCUCAGACGUCUGCCUGCUGCCUUGCUUCAGGGCUGCGGUGCUGGGAGGCCAACAGGGGGCGCUGCUGGAGACACUCGACAGCAUUGCAGCAGGUAGCAGGAUGCAGGAGGCGGAGUCAGGAGUGGGGUCAGGUGCAGAGCUGGGUGUGGCCGCUCGCUGCCUCUCCUGUAUUGCUGAUGUGUUGGUUUGCAUGGCGGGGGGGAAGGGAGGCCUGAGGAGUGGGCCGGCUGCUAACGAGGCCUGGAGCUCCGCCUACCUCCUGUUAGAGGAGGGUGACCUGAGGGGCGGGGUCAACGCCCUGGCUAUGCAGAGAGCUCACUGGCUGAGCAGGCCCGACCUGCUGGUUCGGGCAGCGCGGCACUACGAAGGUGCUGGACAGGUGCUUCUACGACAAGCUGUGAUGUCAUCGCAGAGGUUUAUCUCCAUUGGUCAGGGUGAGGUCCCGCCCCUUGAGGAGUGGCAGGAAGUGGAGUGUCCAGCCAGACUUGACCUGGCAGGUGGCUGGAGCGACACGCCGCCCAUUGCCUUUGAGCACGGCGGCUCUGUGACCAACGUCGCAGUGAAAGUUGAUGGGAAGCGUCCUAUUGGUGCCCGGGCUCGACGUAUCAGAGAGCCCCGCCUCGUGCUGGUCAGUCACACUGGAGGGCGUGACAGUGGGGUUUCCACGGAGACAGUGUGUGACAGCCUGGAUGACCUGAGGGACUACUGUCAGCCUCACGCACCUGGAGCGCUGCUGAAGGCAGUGUGUGUGUGCAGUGGUUUGGUGUCUCUCUCCUCCCAGCAUGCUCUGGGGGAUCAGCUGAUGCAGCGGUGGCAAGGAGGGGUGGAGCUCCACAGCUGGUCGGUGCUGCCCACUGGAUCUGGACUGGGUACCAGCAGUAUCCUGGCGGGGGCGCUGUUAGCCGCAGUCUACAGGUGCACCGGUCAAACCUACGACACAGACUCUCUCAUCCACGCUGUCCUCUACCUGGAGCAGAUUCUCACCACAGGUGGAGGCUGGCAGGAUCAGGUGGGAGGUCUGGUGGGUGGAAUCAAGGUGGGACGCUCCAGAGCAUCUCUGCCGCUGCAGGUGGAGGUGGAACGUCUCAGUCUGUCAGAGGACUUCCUGGUUUCUCUGGAGCAGCACCUCCUGCUGGUGUACACCGGAAAAACUCGCCUGGCUCGCAACCUGCUGCAGGAUGUAGUUCGUAGCUGGUACAGCCGUUUGCCGUCGAUGGUCCAGAACGCCCAGCAGCUGGUGGCCAACUCAGAGGAAUGUGCUAAAGCCUGUUCAGACGGUUCUCUGUCCAGACUGGGUCUGUGUCUUGACCGCUCAUGGCAGCAGAAGAAGCUGAUGGCUCCUGGCUGUGAGCCGGCGUCAGUGAGGGCCAUGAUGGACGCCCUGAGGCCGCUGGUCCUCGGUCAGAGCCUGGCUGGGGCCGGAGGUGGGGGCUUCCUCUACCUGCUGACGCGGGAGGCUCGACAGCAGCAGGCAGUGCUGCAGGUCCUCCACAACACACCGGGUCUGGGAGACUUCAGUGUUCACUCAGUGGAGCUGGACAUGGACGGGAUUAAAGUCCUACCAACAUCCUGAGGACACACACAUACACACAUACAGAGAUAAUGUAUUAAAUUGUCUAACUGAGACUGUUGACGACAGAAUAUCUUCCUGUUUAAAAAUGUGAAUUUAUCCUUUAACAACACUAUUACACUACCACCACCUGCCCCGCCUCCUUUUUAACCAGAGCCUCCAUGAAUCAAGCAAAGAAUAAAACCCCACAAAACUAACUCUAAUUUUUUUUAAUCUAAAUUAACAAUUCAUGGAAUUUAUGGAAAAAUAACACACACAGUAUUUCAGGGAUAAAAUGAAGAGUUUUGGUUCUUUAACUUUGGUGUAUUUUGAUGCUGCAGAUCAUUUUGUAUUUCAGCUUUAAUAAUGAAUGUAAAUGAUUGAUCAGUGUUGAUCUUUGUGAUGUCAUCAGUGUUGGACGGUACAUUAUAACUGUUAUUCAGACACUUUAACGUCUCCUUGUGAAGGAGGAAGGUUUGAUUAAAAAGAAGAAGAUGAAAUAUUAGAGUCAUAACAGUCUGUUAAAGUGUGGGAACACUUUUGGGAUUUGCAACCACCAGUGAGUCCUGAUCAGUCAAUAAUUGAUCCUUACAGUAGUGUUAAUAACUUCUGAGUUCAAACUCAUGUGGAAUGUGAGUCAAUAUUAAAUAUAUAAAUACAUAAAUGAAUGAUAUGGGUAUGAAAUCAUCCUGAAAAGUAAAUAUGAGGCAAUAAUAUAUAUAUAAAUAAAUGUUAAUACAUAAACGAGUCAAUAUAAUUGAAUAAAUAAAUAGGUUUUUAUUUUUAUUUUUUAAAGGCUAUUUUUGAAAGGACUACUUUUAUUGAUAAUUAUUAUUAUUUUAUUGCCUUAUUAAUUUAUUUUAGGAUUUCAUAGCCAUAUUUAUUAAUUUUACAGGCACAUUUAUUUAUGUAUUUAUUUAUUUAAUAUUUACUUAAAUGGUCAUACAUUAGGGCUAAUGUGUCAAUAUAAAUGUGAAGGAUUUUUUUUCUAUUUUAUGAAUGUAUUUUUUUUAAAUUAAGCUGUGAGAUUUUUCCAAAGAUUCUGUCCAGUAUUUGAUUUAAGAGUAUUAAACUGUGUUCAGUUUAUGAAUUGACAGAAUAAA